AUGUUGUACAUAAAUAUUCAGUUCCAAAGGGCGUAGCUUCAUUCGUAUCUCUAUUAUGAAUUUAACAAUUUAUGCUACAGGAGCUGGCAGUAUUUUGGGAUUCUGUAGCAGAAACCAUUGACUAAAGACAAGCCUAUAUUGAUAAAAUAUGAUGCAAAGAAGUAGAUAUUAAAAGCAAGCAGCACUUCAUCCUCCUCAAGGCUUAUACAUCAGAAAUUUGAAGUAAGAAAAUGCAUUAUUGACACAAGGUUUAACAUAUUUUACAAAGCAUGUUGCAUUACAUAGAGACAUCGCGAUGCUGUGUAAACAGUACAAAGUUGAAUUAAUUAUAUUCUAUAAUGCGUGCUGGACGGAAAGAUUAAAAAAUCAAAACUAAUAUUAUGGGAGGAUUUAUACUUUAAGUAGCAGAUCUACAGAAAUUGCAAGUACUUUAAAUGGUAACAUAUUUAAGACAGUUUGCAAACUAGCAAUUGUCUUAAUGAAAAGUAAAGCUUCACUAACACAUGUGAAGAAGUAAACAUAAUAUGUAAAUGUAUUUUCAGAAGUAAGACUUGUACGGGAGCGCAAGAGCUAUGA